CUUUAUUUUUUCGUCAACUCACCCACCAGUCUCCGGUGCACUAUCAAAGCAACAACAUCGAAUAGCGGCAAUGUGAACCCCCCCGAAAAAAAAGAGGAAAAUUUGACCCCGGAAGAACAUUUUUAUAGGUGUUGUGUGUGUGUGUGUGUGCGUGCGUGUGUAUAUAAAAAUGACCGAUUUCUCAAUGAACGAUAUCUUGAGAUCGUUCAGAAAAAUGCGUAUGAAUAAAAAUACAGGUCAAGGCGGUCAUCAUUACCACCACAAUCAUCAUAAUCAUCACCAGCAUCAUCAUCAUCAUCAUCAUCAUAAUCAGCAUACAUCAAUCUAUGUUUCAAAUUAUGCUGCACAACAAACAAAAGAUUUAAAAAAAGUCAUCAAAAUUAUAAAAAAAAGUUUGCUUAAGGAGAAAAUAACCAGCCAAAUGAAAAUUCUUGUUUAA